CCGGGCUAGGCCGUAGCGGGGCAGGGCAUGGCGGUGGCAGCGGCGCGGGGAGCGGGGCCUGGCGGCGGCGGCGGGGCGCGGCUGAUCUGGGCCGUGUCUCUGCUCUGCGUCCUGCUCGACCUGCAGCUGCCAGGGCUGCUGGCGGCCGGGCAGGCGGAGAUCGAGAACCACCUGGAGAUGGGGCGCAAGCUGCUGGCGGCCGGGCAGCUGGCCGAGGCACUGUCACACUACCACUCGGCCGUGGAGAGCGACCCCAAGAACUACCUGACCUAUUAUAAGCGGGCGACCAUCUACCUGGCCAUGGGCAAGUUCCGCGCGGCUCUGCCCGACCUCUCCAAGGCCAUCGAGCUGAAACCCGAUUUCCUGGCUGCUCGGCUGCAGCGCGGCAACAUCCUUCUGAAGCAGGGCCACACGCAGGAGGCCCGGCAGGACUUCGAGGCCGUGCUGCGGAACGACCCUGGGCAUAAGGAAGCUGAGAGCCAGCUAGCCCGAGCCACCGAGCUUGAGGUGUCCAUGCAGGAAGCCCAAGCAGCCUAUCGGAGAAAGGACUACGCUGGAGCCAUCGGCAUCCUGGGACAUGCCAUCGAGAUCUCACCGUGGGACCCCGAGGCGAAGGAGCUGCGGGCCGAGUGCCACCUGCACCUGGGAGACCCCACCAAGGCCAUCCUGGACCUGAAGCCCACCACCAAGCUACGCAGUGACAAUCGGGCUGCCUUCCUCAAGCUGAGUCGCCUCUACUACCGCCUGGGCGAGCACGAGGAGGCCUUGGCCCAGGUGAGGGAGUGCCUGAAGCUGGACCAGGAUGACAAGGCCUGCUUCUCCCACUACAAGCAAGUGAAGAAGCUGUCCAAGCAGCUAGAGUCUGCGGAGGAGCAUGUCACGGCACAGCGGUAUGAAGAUGCCAUAGAGAAGUACAAGGCAGCUAUGAAAACUGAGCCCAGCGUGGAGGUCUACACCACCAAAGCCAAGGUCCGGAUCUGUCACUGUCUCUCCAAGAGCAAGAGACCCCGGGAAGCCAUCGACAUGUGCACAGAAGCUCAUCAGCGGGACCCCCGCAAUGUUUUCGUGCUACGUGAUCGGGCUGAGGCCUACAUCCUAAAUGAGGAGUUUGAGAAAGCUGUGGAUGACUACCAGGAGGCCAAGGAGUUUGACAUGGAGAAUGAGGAGCUGAAGGAGGGGCUGGAGAGAGCCCAGAAGCUGCUAAAACAGUCCAAGAAGCGUGACUACUACAAGAUCCUGGGUAUCCGGAGAAACGCCAACAAGCAGGAGAUCAUCAAGGCCUACCGCAAGCUGGCACAGCAGUGGCACCCGGACAACUUCCAGUCGGACGAGGAGAAGAAGGAGGCAGAGAAAAAGUUCAUCGACAUUGCAGCCGCCAAGGAGGUGCUGACAGAUCCAGAGAUGCGGCAGAAGUUCGACUCCGGCGAGGAUCCCCUGGACCCCGAGAACCAACAGGGAGGUGGGGGCCAUGCACACCAGUGGCCUUUUGAAUUUAAUCCCUUUGGCUCUGGCAACUUCCACUUCAAAUUUCAUUUCAACUAACUCCAGGGCCCAUGGGCCCUGCCCCACCCCACACCACGGUGACAUGGGGGAGAGAGAGAGAGAGAGCGGGACGGGAGGCAACCACACGCUCCCUGUCUCCAUCCACGUGUCAAAUGUUCUUUGCCAUAUUCCUGCCUGUCGUGGGGCACCAGCUGUUGCACUUGGCUGGGACGCAGAAAGAGUCGGAGGCUUCACUGCACCAAGGUUUGGGUGGAGGCCAACAGCCUCUCCCAGCACCCUAGGAUCUCAAACUUAGAGGAGAGAGGUCCCACCGGUUGAUGUUGGAGAAGUGCCGGGUGCGACUGGCCGCUAUUGAACGUCUGGAGGGGGCCGUGGCAACGUCCAGCAGUGGAAGGGGUUGUUGCCUGCCAUGGGGGCUCCUGUUUCCUAGCCAGACCCCAAAUACUGUCCUGGGCCCUGCUGUCUUCCCCUGGCACCUCCUGCUGCUACUGCCCUGCUGCAUGUGUGGAGAAUGGGGUGCCGGUUGCCCCACCUACCCCCAACCCCUUCCAGUCUCCAAGCUGGGCAGCGGGGGAUGACUGGAAAAGGCGCCUUGGCUCCUCACCAGCCUCCAAGGAGACCCUAGUGGCAUUCCCCCACCUGUCACCCCAGCAGUGGGGGGCUGAGGACCCGUGUGGAGCUCUCCCCACCUCAGGCUGUGCUUUCUCCUGCUCUUCGAUACUGCCCCAGGGGGUAGCUCAACUGAGCUUCCCCCUGGUUCUUUUGUAGAUACACUUUGGACUCUGG